AUGGCCCGCCUCAACCUCCCGCCCGUCACGCGCGGCCUGCUCGCCGCCACGCUGCUCUGCACCCUGCUCAACUUCGCCCUGCGCCCCAACGCCGACUGGGUCGAGAAGGUCGAGAAGCCGCUGGUCGGCGUCGGCAACGGCGUGCCCUACCUGACCGUCGUGCCCGGCCAGGCCCUCUUCUACCCGUGGGUCUUCGCCCUGGCCACCGUCGUCGAGCAGAACGUCGCCGGCCUGCUCGUCAACGGCGCCACGCUCUUCUACGGCGGCCGCUACCUCGAGCGUGCCUGGGGCGAGCGCCCCUACGCCAAGUUCCUGCUGGGCGUCGCCGUCGUGCCCAACCUGCUGGCCUGCGCCCUGUAUCUGGCCGGCUACUGUCUCACCUCCAAGAUGUCGCUGCUCCGCACCACCAUCUCCGGCGGCAUCGCCAUCCAGGCCGGCUUCCUCGUCGCCUUCAAGCAGCUCGUGCCCGAGCACACCGUCGCCAUUGCCAAGGGCCUUGUGCGCAUGCGCGUCAAGCACUUCCCCGCCAUCUUCCUGCUCGCCAACACCAUCUCCGCCGUCGUCCUCGGCACCGAGACCGCCAUGUUCCUGGCCUACUUCGGCUUCUUCACCGCCUGGGUCUACCUGCGCUUCUACCGCGCCAGCCCCGCCCUCUCCUCGUCCGCCACCGGUGACGGCGCCGUCAUCAAGGGCGACGCCUCCGACACCUUCGCCUUUGCCCACUUCUUCCCUGAGCCGCUGCAGACCCCGCUGGGCCACUUUGCCGACGGCAUCUACAACGUCCUGACCUCGCUGGGCGUGUGCACGCCCUUUUCCGACGCCGACAUCGACGCCGGCAACGACCAGGCCACGGCGCGCGCCGAGGGCGGCCUGCCCAGCAUCAUGAACCCUACCAGCCGCGGCCGCGGCGGCGCCACCCGUGCAGAGGCCGAGCGCCGCCGCGCCCUGGCCCUCAAAGCACUCGACCAGCGCCUGCACGCCGCUGCUGCGCGCACCGCCGCGCCGUCUGUGUCCGAGCCCGCGAAUGCCCUGGGCGAGACCACCUUCGAGCCGGAGCGCCCAGACCCGAUACAGGCUGCGUCCUGA